AUGACUUUACUCAUCUCUAAGUUUGUCACCAAGACCCUGUGCGACCACCAUGGCUGCUUGGACUUCAAGCACCUUGAUGAGAAGAUUGCACAGUCUUUCACUGCUGCGCCUCAAGUCCUGCGGAGUGUCAUUUUUGACGACGGUAAAAUAGCCAUUGAAGAAGGAAAGCAGAAGGCCAUCGGCAGCCAAGUAAUCAGCCCGGACAGUCUGAUAGUGGCUAAAACCAGCCUGCGUCUCUGUCAGAAGAAACCCGGAGAGUGUGCACAGUGCGACGGGUUACACCUGUGCAGGUAUUACGUCUGUGGAGACUGUACGUUCGGAGCAAAGUGUAAAAAUCCCCAUAGCCUGGCUUUUCCAAACAAUGCAGAGCUUUUGAAAAAAUAUGGUCUUCAGGACUUGAAGGAGAAACAGUUGUUCCAGCUGUUACUGCAGAAUGAUCCAUAUCUGCUGCCUGAGAUCUGCCAGCACUACAAUAAAGGCAACAGUGUGCACGGUUCCUGCAAAUUCACCACUUCCUGCACCAAGCUCCACAUCUGCCUGCACUAUCUGCAGGGUGACUGUAAAUUUGGCUCCUCGUGCAAAAGAACACAUACUGUUGAUGCCAAUGGAACGAAGAUUUUCCGAGGAUUCAGUCAGGAAAAUAUUACAAACCUUCUUCAGAUCUACAGAAAUAAAUUCAUCAUCACGGGUCAACAUGAGAGACAAUCUUCUGCUGUUCUCGCGCUGCCAGUCGCGAGAACCCCGACUCAGCAACCAUCUCGCAACAACCCUGGACCCCCAACUACUUCUGCUGGUCCAUCUAAAGCCAUAAGCGAUGCAGAGAGGGAUGAAAUCUGUCUCUUCUUCAUCCGCAGACACUGCAGCUUCAAAGAGAAGUGUGCUCGUGUCCAUUGGCCCCGGCCUUAUAGAUGGCAGGUGUUAGACCGUGAUGGUGUGACCUGGAAGGACCUGCCUGACAUGGAAGACAUUGAGAAGGCCUACUGCGACCCAGGACAGGACACAAGCUGCAUUGAGCCACCAGCCGCCCCCUUAGGCAUUUUGAGAUACCUGUCAUUAACAAGCUCGGCAGCCCCCGCUGGGCAGUCAGUAGACUUCAUGACCAUGACAUACGGAGGGUCUCCAGUCCGCCGCCUGUCCACAUCCUCCUCCGUCUCAAAGCCCCCCCACUUCCUUCUCACCACACAGUGGCUCUGGUACUGGAAGGAUGAGAGCGGGAAAUGGCUGGAGUAUGGACAGGGAGAUGGUGACAGGCCAGCCUCUGUGACCUCUCAGACUCUGGAGAAUGUGUACCUGGCAGACAGAGAUACUGAGAUUCCUUUUGGUGCUGGCAACCACCAGUACAUCCUCCACUACAAGAGUGCCCUGGGAGCACAGGGGAUAUAUCAGCAGAAUGUCAAGUUUAAGACCAAGAGGGAGGUCCGACGGAGGCCUGUCUUUGUGUCGGGUCAUGACGUGGAGGUGAAGCUAAAGAGUGGGUCAUCACCCAGCUCCUCCACAGCUGACAGUUUCCCCCCCAACUGGGACAAGACUGCCAUACUGGAUUUUGGACACAAGCUCGUACUCCUCUCCAAAUCUGGGAAGGAGUAUCAGAUGAUUGAGUCUCUGUUUAAGCGCACGAUGCCACAGAGUAAAAUCAACAAAAUACAGAGGAUCCAGAACUCCUCUCUGUGGAAAAUCUUUCAGUGGCAGAAAGAGCAGAUGAAGAUGAGGAAUGGAGGGAAAACUGUGAAUGAGCAGUACUUGUUCCACGGGACAGAAGAAUCCCUGAUUGAGGCAAUAUGUGAGCAAAACUUUGACUGGAGGAUGUGUGGGGUCCACGGCACGGCCUACGGCAAAGGGAGCUACUUUGCCAGAGAUGCGUCUUACUCGCACAGAUAUGCCACGUUGAAAAGUAAACAGAACAACAUAAUGUUUGUUGCUCUGGUGCUGAUCGGAGACUACACCAGGGGGAGCAGCAGCUACGUCCGACCCCCACCCAAAGGAAGCGGCAAAGACCUCUAUGACAGUUGUGUCGACAGCAAGAGCGACCCCAGCAUCUUUGUUGUCUUUGAGAAACAACAGAUCUAUCCCGAGUAUAUUAUCGACUACUCUUGAGUCACAAUGCUGGGGUAAAUCUUUAUUAUGGGAUACUGUAUACUUCAAUGGAAACUGCCGGGGGCUUUGUUAAGGUUUGUGAUGUUUAACACCGGUGGAAGAAGUCUUCAUUAUAGUUGUAAUGCUACAAUGCAAAAAUACAUAUUAAUAAUAAUACAUUGGAUUUCUAUAGCGCUUUUCCUAAUGCUCAAAGACGCUUUACAUACAAUUACAACAGAAACAGUACAACGAAAACUAAAUAUAUGACACAGAUUAUCAUUAAAAGUAUUGAAUGCAAUAUAAUCAUUGUAUUAACUAGUAUUGAUAUAAUAGUUUGAGGUUAAGUAAUUAGUAAAGUGUAUCAGAAAAUUCUUGCAGAAUGUAUAGAAACAAAAAAAAAGUAUAUUCUUGUGUUUAGUGUCUAUUGCUGUCUGCUACAGGUCGUUGUUGUUGAUCAAUAAAGGAAUCUGAGGGUCUGGUGUUAUAUGAAAUUAGAUUAAAUCGCCUUGUUGUGUAGAAGAUAUAUUACAAAUUGCCAAUAAAGUGAACAACGUAUAUAACAGAA